UUUUUUCUUCCUCUUGAGGUUUUUAUACUUCCUAUUGCUUUAACACCCAGAGUUGGUGCUUUCUAGAGUGUCACUCUGUAGCAGGGACUGUGAAAAGCAAAACUACCCGAUUACUCUGAAAUUCAAAAGCAUCUCUUCCCUCCAAGAUGGGCAUGGACUGCUUUCACUCCAACACAUCAGCAGCACCAAACCAAACAUUUGCUCCAGGAAAGCUGAGCUCAUUGAGCAUUUUUACCAUCUCCCUCCAUGGAAUUGUGUCUACUAUAGGCAUCAUAGAAAACCUGAUCAUCCUGGUAGUGGUGGGCUUUCGUGUCAAACGCUCCAUCAUCAGCAUCUGGAUCCUGAACCUAGCAAUGUCAGACAUGCUGGCCACAUCCUCACUGCCAGUCUUUACGGCCUACUUUGCUCGAGGUAACACCUGGACUUUGGGCUCUACCUUCUGUCGCAUCCAUUCCGCCGUCUUUUUCCUCAACAUGUUCGUCAGCGGCUUUCUUCUGGCAGCCAUUUCUCUGGACCGCUGCCUUGUGGUGGUGCAACCUGUGUGGGCUCAGAACUACCGAAGCAUACAGCUUGUGUGGAAGAUUUGUUGUCUGAUUUGGGCCUUCGCUGUUAUCUGCUGCAUCCCCUUUUACAUGUUCCGUGAUGCUAUUCCCCUUCCAAGCGGCAAGAUUUUGUGCUACUACAGAUACUCGCUGUAUCUCCCUAGCGAACCCUAUGAUUUGGAAGCCCUAUGUCGGCAACGCAAAGAAGGUUUGGCUUUUAUGAAACUCUUUUUUGCUUUCCUGAUCCCUCUUGCAGUUAUCAUUCUCAGCUACAUAUUUGUGAAUUUAAGUUUAGCACGAAGAGGCUGUCGGAGGCCUUUUCGAUUUGUUCGACUCGUCAUUGCAGUAGUGGUGACCUUUAUCAUCUGCUGGGCACCAUACCAUAUUUUCAUCAUCAUAGAGGUGAUGGCUUCCAGCGGAAGUCCUGCACAGAAAUUUGCAACUAAAAGUCUUCCAAUUUCAGCAACGAUUGGGUUUCUCAACAGUGUCCUCAAUCCUGUCCUGUAUGUCUUCAGCUGUCCUGACCUGUGUCGUAAAAUCAGGCAUUCCUUGGGGGAAGUCAUGGAGAGCGUUCUAGCUGAGGAUCUGGCUGAAUUGGCUCGGCGACGCAGCACAGCUCGCAGCACCAUAAGCAACUAUGAAUUACCCAAGAAGGUGAAAUACUCAAUUCCGAAUGAAAAAGCAGAUGAUUUGGACGAGAAUGACAGUCUCACCAACUCGGCUGAGAUCACCAGUGUGGUUAAAGAUGAAAAGUAGGCUCUGGUCUUUAAAGCUGCAGUCUGUAACAUUGAGAAGAGAGCAGACUUCGACUGAAAAUUUGAAGAAAAACAGGUUUCACGCCACUCCCCCACCCUCUCUGCUUCACUCAUGCCCCACCUCCAAGCUCCACCCCUCUCACAGCAUCUGCGCGGCUACCGCAUGCGACCAGAAGCGCCCAAGCAGCGUACGCGGCAUGGAGUGUGAACCGGUAAGAGCGAUAACACUCACCUCCAAGCAGCUAGAUAUAAGAUGCUGGUUAUACCGAAGUUUGCCGUGUAAGCAGUUGUCGGCAGGGGCAGUAAGGGCAGUUUCUCUUUCGCUGGUGGCUGUCGCUCUGCCAUGACUUCCACGCGCGUCCUCCUGACUGCGGCAGCCGGGCGGCAGCGGCAGGUUAAGCGGUGAGAGGGAGAGGGGGGGGGUUCGGGAUUCAGCGUGUGUGAUCUGUGAUUGACACUCCAUCAGACGCUCAUCUGGCUGUGAUUGGUUGUUUUAACUCAUCCCGAAAUAUUCUUUCCAGAUUGAAAUACAGGCAGUAUGCGGGACCAAUUGAAGCAGUUUUUUUCACAGAUU